AUGAAUAGUCUUUUCCGUCCUGCGUCAAGUAUAACGUUGUCAAUCGCGACACGUCAUGGAGUGAAGAAGAAAGGGAGUUUUCCAACUCUACGUAAAGGAGUCUCUUGGGGAAUCCCAAGAAGGGAAAGGAAAAAAAAAAGAGAUGAACAUGAACGCACAAAAGAAACAGGUAAAGUUCAUCUCCAUUUAGACCGAAAAAAUGUUAGCACGACGAACUUGAUAAAUUGUAUAGGGGAUCACAAAAAGUUGUUACUGUAUGCAUUGUGCCAGGCGUACAAAAAAGGAGAAAAAGAAUUUGGUGGAAAUAAAUUGGAUGAUCUGAUUCAAGCUUUGUGUGAAAAGAUAAUCACGAAAGAAGCGGGUCUACACCUGAGGGAGAAAUUGCUCUACCUUAGUUGUCUCCCCUCGAAGGGUUACGCUGAGAAGAUUGCUUUGACGAAGGGCGAUCUCAAGGAUGGGAGACGGUUACCCCAAGGGAGGAGAAGCGGUACAGUCGGCUGCUCUAAAGGGAGACAAAACAUCCACAAAAAUGUCAUCGAAUGGAUAGAUCACAAAAAUGUAUUUAACUACUACUGCACAGUUUUAAAAAAAAGGAAAAACAACAGCUUGGAUGAUGACGAAAUAGACGAAGAUGUUACCAACUUUUUUCUCAAAAAAUUAAAUACACCAUUAGUGAGUACCAUUUCGAUGUAUCUCCUGAAUCUUGCCUACCUGAACAGCAAGGUGACCAUUCGAACCAACAGCUUAUACAUCCUAAUCACUUUUAUGUUAAAGUAUGUAUGGCAUAAAACGAAUAGGCGUAUAUCCAUGGUGCGUCUAUGUAAGAAUAUCGAAUUGUUGAGCUCCAUAAUGAAUGCAGCAAAGAUUAAAAUUGAGAAAAAUAACAGAGAUAGGGAAAAAAAUGUUGAUAUGGUGAAUAAGCUCAAAAUGAUGAACAAGAAUGAGUAUCCUAUGGAUACUUCUUCCUUUGUCAACAUGUGCUGGGAGGUCGUGGGCACACGGGGCAAUGCUGAGCUUGCCUCCCUUUUGAGCAAUAACUUGGCCUACAUCACUGGCCACUUUUACCACUAUUUUAAUAUAUACGAGUUUGAGUGUCAGAGGGAGGGGUGUCCGGCAGGGGAAAGCGCUUACAGUGAAGCCGUGAACAUAGGCGAAGUGGACGUAGGUAACGAGGAGGAAGUCCCACUCGGUGCGCGAACCCAACCUGGAGAACUGAGCAACCUCUCGGGGGCAGCCGAAGAUAAAGAUGUGAUGACUCGGCAAAUCGUCUACAUGAUCUACUUUGCAAACAACGCGUUAGUUUGCUCCCUAAGCAAGUUGAUAAAAAAUUAUAAAAAAGGAAGUUCAAGUGAAAGAAGUUCAAGUGAAAGAAGUUCAAGGGAAGGAACCUCAAACGAAGGAACUUCUAACGAAGGAACCUCAAACGAAGAAACUUCUUACGAAGGAACCUCAUGCAGGGGAACCUCAAAUGGGCGUUUGCCACCCCACAUGGAAGGAGAAACGAUACGCAUAAUUACCAAUUACAUGUUCAAUUGUCUGCCGUACAGCAUUUUCUGUAAGACGCUUUUUAACAAAUUGGAGGAACUGCUCAUUCGUAUGGGAGCACAGGACAAAACGUUGCCAAAGUUCUCCUUAACUCCAUCUACUCUGGUUCAGUUAAUGCACCUGAUGAGCAUACAAUACAAUGCCGUUCACGUGGAUGACGGUGUCAAUUCGUUUCUGUGGAAUAAUUUGCUGACCGAAAUGUUCACAAAUGAUUGCAAGUUAUUAAACAAAAAGGAUAAAAUUUUACUGUACAUAAGCAUAUCUAAAAAUUUGUUUUUGAAGAAAAAAAAGAGUUACUUGUUUAAAUUAAACUCCAUUUUGUUUCCCGAGUUGGUACAUUUUACUUACCGAGAUUUGUACAGCUUGGUUUAUUCUAUCAGUUGCUCCAAGUUUUGCGACUUGCCAUUUUUUGAGGCCCUCCUCAGGAAUAUUUACAAAUUGAGGCACAAAUAUUCCAGCCAAAAGUUGUGGACCAUUCUGUCCAUUUUCCAACCCUUCGAUCUUAACAUGUCCAUUUUUAAUAUGCUUCUGAGUUACGCCAACUGUGACGGCUCUGAACAAAAGAGGAAGAAAAAGAAGAAAGAAAAAGAAGAAGAAGAGUUAGAUGAUCCAUUCGAGCAGCACAACCCCAACAAAGAUGCUAAGAAGUUGGAAGAAGAUUUGGAGAACAAGGAGAGAAUCUUAAAAGAGUUGGCCGCACACAUUAGGGAGAAUCACAGCGGGGAAAGCUUCUCAUUUAGCGAGUCAGGUAUUUUUUCUUCCGGAUGA